AUGAGCACAGAGCCGGAGGGAAGGUCUGAGGCUCGGGAGCAGCAGACCUGUGCCCUUGCACAGCUGGUGAAGAAGUCCUCCGUUCCUUCUCUGUCCCUACCACCCCUCCUUAUCUCAGGAUGCCAGGCAGACGUGCAGGUCUCUGUCCCAGCUGUCACAGAGGUUCUCCUUGGGGACCCGGUGCCCAUUUUGUGUACACACACGGUGACCGGCGGCGAUGACUUCCUUCUGGUGGAAUGGUUCAUUACGGACAAGAACGGGGAGCUGCGACGGGUGGCCUAUAGCGACCAGGGUCAGCAGGGGGUGGACCAGGACACGGAGUACACGGGUCGCAUCUCCAUGGACCCCAACCACAGCCUGGUCAUCCAAGCCGCUGCAGUGGCUGACGAGAGGGCCUUCUCCUGCCAGGUGACGAGCUCGUCCGGGAGCGGAAUGGGAGUGACCCAGCUCAAGGUGUACGACCCACCUGAGCUCCCGGAGCUCACGCAAAACUCCAGGACCCUCUCAGUGACUGAGAAGCACGCCUCAGAGAUUGCGACGUGCUCCAGCAGAAAUGCCAACCCGGUUCCAGUCAUCUUCUGGUACAAAGACGACCGCCUUCUGAAUGCCUCCACCGAGCGGAAUAAGGAUCUGUAUGUGGUGUCACGGACAGUGAAAGAGGCCUCGGGACUCUUCUCCAUCUCCAGUACGUUGUACCUGCGCGUGAACAAGGCUGACAAGGACUCCAAGUUCCACUGCAAAGUCAACUACUCGAUGCCGCUUGGGAAAGUCAAGAGUGCUGCGACCGAGGCGUUCAAGCUGCGGGUGCACUACUACACGGAGAAUGUGCGCUUCGAGCUGGAUUCUCCGAAGGUCAUCAAAGAGGGGGACGACGUUUGGCUGCAGUGCAAGGCGGAUGGGUUCCCCGAACCCGAGUACUACUUUGCUAAGUUACAGAACCAGACGAUGGGAGUCGAGCUGGACCUGGGCUCCAACUCCUCCGGAGCCUUGCGGCUCCCUCAGGUCACCAAGGCGGACAGUGGCAUAUACCGGUGCCAAGUGCUCGACUUCGACAGCCCCGAAGAGGUGGACCUGGAGCAGGAGGUGAACAUCUCCGUGAACUAUCUGGAUCCGCUGGUCGUGAGCCCGAACAAAACGGUGGCGGCCAACUUGAGCACGGAGCUGGAACUGGCCUGCGCGGGGACCGGCUCCCGGACGCCCACGCUGUCGUGGUGGAAGGACAACAAGCCGGUGGGCGACGGGGAGACCCUGGUCCUGCCUCCACUCGCCUACCACAUGGCCGGCAUGUACACCUGCAAGGCCUCUGUGCCGGGCAUCCCAGGCCUGCAGCGGGAGGAGUCGGUCCAGCUCAUUGUGGAAGGGAGGCCGGAGAUGGAGCAGCGCCAGUCCACGACCCUUUACCACAGCCUGGGCCAGACGGUGGUGCUCACCUGCUCAGCCUCCGGCCAUCCUCAGCCGCAGAUUAAAUGGAGCGCACCUGGGCAGGAGUCUCUGAGACACUCCGCGAACAAAGUCACUGCCGAACUCUCCUUGGAGGUGACCCCUGAGCUGGCCCAGAACGGCGUCAAGUGCCGGGCAGAGAACAGUUACGGCCUGGCUGAGCAGACUUUCCGGCUCGAAACUGUUUCCCCAACAGCAUCUGCUCCCCCAGUGCCAGCAGUGGACAGCGACGAGAGCCAGGGCGGCAGCACGGUGGCCGUCAUCGCCGUGUGCGUCUGUGUCCUGCUGCUGCUCCUCAUCGUGGCCUUCUUCUACUUCAUGCAACGCCGUGGCCAGCUGCCCUGCGGCGGGGGCGAGAAGAGAUCCUUGACUCCCAAGGAAGGGAACCCGGAGGACACGGUGGUGGAGAUGAAGACAGACAAGCGGAAUGAGCAGACGGGGCUGCUGAGCCCCGGGGGGGCCGGUGGCGGGACAAAUGAGCACUGCUGAGAGUCGAGCCCAGAGUGGUCCCGUUCCAGAGGAACCCCCGCCUGCUCUGCACCGCCUGCCACGGACGAAGAGGGUGCCCUGCCGGGACUGUGCGACGGGACGGCGGUUCUUCAGGCCCUCCCUUCCGCGAGGGGCAGGACUCAUCCGUUCCUCUAGACUUCUGCUGUGGGAGACGCAAGGGUUGUCUGUACUGCCACUUUUUCCUCCUCCUCAAGAACGCCUGAUUUUGUGUUGUGUUUUCAAGAAAAACUGACGUAUGCCCAGGCCCUUCCGAUACAAGUGGACGUACAUCAGUGCACCGGUUCUUCGCGGUCUCUGCGCAUCACACAUGCAUGCGUCGAGUCUGUUCGGGGAGAUUCCAAAGCUAAGUCAUUAGGGUUCAGUAGGAGCCCCUUCCUCCUCUCACAUAUCCUCACACCUGCCAACACCUGCGUACCUGUUGCCUACCUGUGAACAUGGACUAACCCACGCAAGCACUUCGGCCAGUAGCAUGAAAACACAGCCCUAGAAGCAAAUCCGCCCGUGCCACUGGCUCCACCCUUUUCUGUUAUGUUGCUCUUUCUACCGCCUCUCCGCCAGCUCACUUGUGAUUAAAAGGGAGGUUAUUUUUGUAAGUCCUCCCAACCUGGUCACUCGGGGGCAGUUCCAGCUUGCCCCUGGGCAAGUGUGUGUUGUUGGCACUCCUGUGAUGAGACCUGUGCACCCGUGCUUCUGUAUGCACGCACAACUUCUGCAUGCACAGCACAAAACGCGCACCACGGUGCUCUCGGUGGCCACGCACCAGGCGCUGCUUUUUCACGCCGAGUCGCCUGCUGUGGCAGCGUGACCGUGGGGCCCUCCUUCUUGCAUGUGCGCAGUAGCAUGCGUGUGUGAACACGUCCCGUCCAGAUACCUGUGUGUACACCCAUGCUGCUAAACAGUCAUGUAUGCAUGCACACCUAGCAUCCUCCAAACACCUGCCGGCCACCUGCCUUUCCACUGAGUACGCAGAUCCGUGUUCACGGCUCCCCCCCCCCCCAUUUUUCCACACGUGCCCCCCAACCUACUGGGGCUGCCAGCUCUUGACUGGGCCCCUCAGACGGCCCCUUGUGUGGCUGUUUGAUCUGCCACACGGAAGACGCAGGAGCGCCAUUGCCGUCUGGUGCAACACGCUUCCACGGCCGGCUUCUGCAGCGUAAUGCUCUGUGCAAGGUGCAGGACUGGGCCAGGCCGGUGGGGUAUGUUCUCCCCUAGUCCUGUUAGCAGCCCUUAAACACCCACGCAUCUUUCCGUCUGGCACCCAUGUGCCAUGAGCACAAGCCGACGAUUUCAGUGCAGGGUUCACACCUGGAUUAGCAAAGAAACUGAGCACGUCAGAGGGGCCUCCUGGGCCAUCUAGUCUGACCCCUGGCUCCAGCUGGCUCGGCUCAUGACCUGCCCUGUAUUAAGUUCUGCAUCUCUCCCUGGCCAGCUUGUGAAGAAAGCUGCUUUCCCCACAUAGGCUUCCCUUGAUAUUCGUCACCAUGGGAGCCCCCAUAACUUCGGGGGUUCAGGGACCGGGACUUCAAGACAGGCUCAGCUGCAACGGUAUCCCUCCCGCCCUCCCUCCCGCCACCAGCUGGGGAACAAAGAAGCCACCCCAAACACCUCAUCGUUUCCCGCAGCAGCUCAUCCGUGCCAGUUGCGGCCCCUCGCUCGCUGCUGCUCCCACGAUGACGUCCGCCUCUGCGCAUGGAGACCCCCCCCCCGACCUUCAGGGAUGGCCUGAUCUUGCGCUUCCAGCAUUGUGCUUCCCUUCCUUGAAAUGUAUUGUUUUUAUAUGGCAUUUUUGUCUGUCCGAGAUAGGCCUGCUGGGGUUUGUAGUCUUCCCCCCGCCCCCGGUCCUCGUGUGUGUCUGCAUCUUUCUCUCUUGCACUGUCUGGUCAAGACACUGGCUUUUGGGGGGAGUUGGGGCUAUCUUUUUUUAAAGGUGUAGUAUAUUUAAUGGUGGUGCAUCCUAGAGAAUAGGCCAAGACUGGAGCUAUGGCAGCGGGGAGACCCGGGGAGGUGCUGAGCAAUAUCUGGGGCUACACUGAUCACAAAGUUCUUUAAAAGAAGCAUUUUCACAGGGACAGAUGCUCCCAUUUCCUCCUUGAACGGCAGCUGGGAAAACACCUGGACUCCCUCCCAUCCGGUGGCUCUCCUUUUCCUAACAAGGGAUGGAGUUGUGUUUGUGUUGCACACCCCACUGACCAAAACCUCCCCUUUAAAGCUUGCCCUUCCCCUGCCUUUUCACCCUACCUGUUUUUAUGUUUAGGGUUGCCCACUUUAAAAAAACCCAAACAAACACAGCAAUGGCCCUGUUGCUCCAUGGAUCACGGGAGCUUGAUCUGCUGCUUUAAAGCUCCUUUUCUUGCUGGAGGGAUAGUGCUAAUUGCCUGCACUGAGCAGGGGGUUGAACGAGGGGGUCUCCAAGACCUCUUCGGUUGUGGUUCUAAGGCCUGGUUUGCAAGCAGUGGCAACCCAAGCAUGGGCCCCAUAGGGGUGGUUGGAGCCUGCUGUUGUCACGACAGGCAAACCUGGAAAGAAGGAUGAGUGAACAGGACAGUUCAGGAAGAGAGCCAAUGUUUUAUGGAUGGGUUGUGAACCCUGGGUUGCUUGAACCAUGGUUGUCCUUACAUGUGAACUCAGAAUGAGAGGUUGUUCAUGGGUUGUUUUGUGAGGGUACAGAGCUGGCGGGCAAAAGUGAUAAAACCUCACAGUGGCUGUACAUGCCAGUACUACAAAUCCAGAAAGACAUUUGAGGUACAGGGAUGGGGGGAAGGAGGGAAACAGGAAAGACUUGAGAACCCAGGAAUUGGGGGAACCCCCCCCCCGCUGCUUUUGCAGUGGUCUGGCAAACAAACCAUGGAUCAACCAGGUAAGGCAACAACCCACAUUCUGUGUUGUUCUGUGCAAACCAAAGCUGUGCAAAGCUCCACCUCCUGAUUUAUGUUCCCUGCAGACCAAGUGGCUCAGGAUUCGGGAGCGGGGCACCCAGGCCGUCCCCCGAGUUCCCCCCGCCCCCGGUGCCAUAGCUCCAGGUUGCCCUCAGAUGUGUGAUGCCUGCUGCCCUUCCCCGGGUUACACUGUACAUUAGCCAUUAAAAGUCUUGUAACCUC